UUUCUUCUGACCGAUGGAUUUCUUCAGUCGUUAUCUAUCCAAGAUCUGCUGAGGGCCCAUUGGCAGCUUGUCAAGCUCCUCCAAGCUCACAGGGUUUCUUCUUUCAUUUCCUACCAUUCCAAACAUCUUCCAUUACCUCCCAAGUACACCGCGGUUGGUCUUCUGCUCUCUUCCGUUUCAGCACCCACUUUCGUUACUCAAACCCUCCCGUCACUGGUUCAGCUCUCCGCAUUUCGGCUGUGUUCUUUCCCCCCUCCCCGCCUACGUAACUCUCUCGAGAACGCAGACGAACAGACACUUGCCCUCACGGGACCAAGAACCCACUCGAAGUCAUCAUCAUGUCUCUCACUCGGGUUGCCUCUGUCGAUGGAUUGGAACGAGAAAGAAGAGGCUCCAGCGUCUCUUCGCAUCGAAGAAUGAGUUUCAAUCCCUUCACGGAUCGGGUACCGGACGGCCAUAGGAAGCCCAGUGUCGUCUCUGCAGCUCUACAAUUCGAAGAGGUAUCUAAACAAAAGCGGAUACUACAAGUCGUCGUCGCCAUCAUUUACUGCCUGUUUGCUGCCGGCAUCGUCUUCGGCUACGCUGCUAUCAAACCCGUCCUUAUCGACGAAGGCGUCUUCAAGAACCUGUGUACUGCGGAAGAGGUGGAGAAGCACACCACACCAUGCUACCAGCAAGAGAUCCGCUUGAACUUGAUGUUCACCGUUGCGGCUGUGUCGACCAACGUUGCAGCAUUGCCUAUCGGUACCAUCCUUGACAAAUACGGUCCACGAGUAUGCGGUAUUAUUGGAAGCAUCUUCCUUACCACCGGAGCUCUGCUGUUUUCCUUUGCCAGUAAAGUCAACAGUGGGGAUCUAUAUACGCCAGGCUACUUCUUCCUCGCACUCGGUGGCCCGUUCGUAUUCAUAUCCUCUUUCCAACUCUCCAACACGUUUCCUCAGAACUCGGGUCUCAUUCUGGCCCUAUUGACCGGCGCUUUCGACUCCUCUUCGGCUCUCUUCCUUGUUUUCCGCCUCCUCUACGAAUCCACUGGCGGCAGGCUCGACACCCACCGCCUCUUUCUAAUCUACCUGGUUGUGCCUGUAUUCGUUUUGCUCGUACAGGUUUUCAUCAUGCCAAACGACUCAUACAAGACGGUCAGCGAGGUUGUCAAGGACGCCGAAGAGGAGAUCAACGCGCCUACCCCACCAGAAGUUUCUGAAGAGGAGGCACUCGAGUACCGCGAACGCAGAAGGAGCACAAUCGCCGAGGUCAGCCUCCUACUGGAUAAAAGUACCAACACUAAACGUGCGAAACGUGAAGAGAACAAGAACUCCAAGUCCGGCGUCUGGGGCGCCUUGCACGGCUAUUCCGCCCUCGAUCAGAUCAAGACUCCUUGGUUCUGGCUUAUCACUUUGUUCACUGUGGUCCAAAUGACCCGCAUCAACUAUUUUGUGGCGACCAUUCGUCCUCAGGAGCAGUAUCUGCUGGGUUCAGCACGUAAGGCGAAGAUGGUCAACGACUUCUUCGACGUUGCUCUGCCCCUGGGCGGUGUCCUCAGUAUCCCGUUCAUUGGAACUUUACUGGACCACACCUCGACACCUUUCGCGUUGGGCUUUCUGGUCGUCACGGCUACCAUCAUUGGUGUUUUGGGAUGCCUGCCAUAUAUGUGGGCGGCUAUCGCCAACGUUUGCCUCUUUGUCGUCUACCGACCAUUUUACUACACCACCGUCUCCGACUACUCGGCCAAGGUGUUCGGCUUCCAGACCUUUGGCAAGGUGUACGGUCUCAUUAUUUGUCUGGCUGGGCUGUUCAACUUUCUCCAGUCACCUCUGGACGCGGCCACACAUGUCAUUUUCAACCUCAACCCUAUCCCGGUGAAUGUCAUUCUCAUGAGCUUGGCCGUGGUCGUUGGCAUAGCACUCGUCUCGUUUACCUACAUCAAGAGCCGCAACAUGAAGCGCGAGCAUCUGGAAGACGAAGCCGAGGGCGCGACGGAGACAUUGAUGCCAGAUCCUAAUGGUCAAAGUUAUGGUACUUGAGGAUGAAGUGUCAUAAGGGCAUGCCCAGCUAGGCAUAUGUAUAUGCCACGUCAUUGUCGAAACUGUGGAGAUCAGCAUCGUGGACUCUAUGGCGAUGUCUGCAUGUCUGUCCUGCAUUCGGUGGCUUGGUCGUUUAAAAUAUUCGAGCGCGGCGUUGCAUCAUGUGGGUGGUCUUUCUUGGGGAUCUGGUUGAACAUAUUCAGUGUCGAAAGGGGAGUUCAGAGUAAAUACAUCGCCAUUCGCGAACCAAAAAGGAGAGCCAGAUGUUUGGCCAAAAUGAUAUCACGGUUGAUUAUGAUUGUACAUAGCAGAAAAUAAAAUCCUCAAUGACUUGAG